UAUCCAACAACAACAAAUAUAUGUAGACACAUCACCCAAAUGUCAAUAAACCGCAUUGUAUUUUCUGCAAUUCGAAAAGUUAAACUUUUAAAAAAUAUGAGUUCUGUCGAAAUUAUUUCGAAAAACAACCAGCAAAAUGAGAAUUUAAUUAAUUCUCUUCAACAAGAGUUUGCUGCCGUUCAACGUGAAUUGAUUGCAAGAAAGAAACAACAAUUGCUUCAGGAGAAUGCAGAUUUAAAGAAACGUAUAACACAGACCUUAUCGGAACUCAUUCGUUUGGAAACUCAAAAUGGCAAAAAACAAAUAGCCAUACCCGGAGCUCGGUCAUUCUGCACACAGGCAUCAGAUCCACCAAUCGCAGCCGCUAAACCAGCUGCCGCAGCAGAAGAAACUAAAACUCCACCAAAGGAGAAAAAACCUAAAAAAGAAAAACCAGCAAAACCUGCAGCAGCGCCAAAUGCAGCUGCCGCUGUCGAACUCCCAAUCGAUGUUGGUCGCCUAGACUUACGUGUUGGCAAAAUAGUCGAAGUCGGUCGACAUCCCGAUGCAGAUAGUUUGUAUCUGGAGAAGAUUGAUUGUGGAGAAGCUCAACCCAGGACUGUGGUUUCAGGUCUAGUUAAGUUUGUUCCUUUAGAAGAAAUGCAAAACCGCCUUGUAGUAGUUUUGUGCAAUUUAAAACCAGCCAAAAUGCGUGGCGUUACAUCUGAAGCGAUGGUUAUGUGCGCUUCCACACCCGACAAGGUGGAAGUACUGAGUCCACCAGAAGGUUCUGUGCCCGGGGAUCUUGUCCAUUGUGAAGGUUACACACGCAAUCCAGAUGCUCAAUUGAAUCCGAAGAAGAAAGUCUUUGAAACUUGCGCUCCUGAUCUUAAGACCAAUGAUGACUUAGUGGCUUGUUUUAAGGGAUCAGCGUUGCAUGUCCCUGGUAAGGGUAAUGUUGUUGCUCAGACUUUAAAGAAUGUCAAUGUUAAGUAAAUCAUGUAUCUGUGGAUGGAUUUAUAUAAAGAAUGCUCAAUCAGUUUUACUUUUCA